UAUUAUUUAGAUUUUCUCCAAACCACCCUGUCCACCAUUCAAUUUGGGUGCGAGUCCAAUUCGAUUGGCAGAUUGGAGGAGAGUGAAACUCACCGAACUCUGUGUGACUAAUUUUCCAUUCUCAUUUCCUGGUUCUUUCCUUUGAAAGCUGAAGGAAAAUACGCAGACGAAGAUUAUCAAACACUGAGUGAUGGACAUUGGAGACUAGUUAAUCAAGGAUUAAUUUUUAGGGAGACAAGUUCUUUUGCCUUCAACAUGGCAGAUAUAGUUCUAUCUCCGCUUCUCCAAGUGGUUUUCGACAAAUUAAGCACCCCAUUACUCGACGAGAUUGCCAAUCGAUUUGGCCUUCGGAGGGAAGUCACCAAGCUCUGCCAUAAGUUACGGGCCAUUCGAGCAGUCCUGGAAGAUGCAGAGGAGCAGCAAUUGACCGGUAGAGCUUUCAGGAAUUGGUUGGAAGAGCUUAAACGCGUUGCUUACGAUGUGGAAGACUUUCUCGACGAGUUCUCUCCAGAAGCCAUUCAUUGUGUAAGCCGCAACGGGUUCAUUGAGCAGGUACGCAACUUGCACCCGUCCUUGGGGCAAUUCGUGAAUCAAUUGGACAUGUUUCCUAGAAUAACCCAGAUCGGGGAAACCUUAGAAUUGUUGGUUGAAGAGAGAUCUAACUUUCAUUUGAGAGAGCAAGUAGCAAGACCAAGUAACAGAAGAAGGCGGACGGGGUCUUCUGUUGUUGAAUCAGAAAUUCAUGGAAGAUUAGAGGAUAAAGAGAAGAUAGUGAAGCUUUUACUGUCUGCUGAAAAUAUGUCUCCAGGUGACAUUUCGGUCGUGUCCAUUGUUGGUUUAGGUGGUCUUGGUAAAACUACGCUUGCCCAAUUAGUUUACAAUGAUGAGAGGAUAGCGAGGCAUUUUAAUCUAAAGAUGUGGGCAUGUAUCAAUGAUGAUUUUGAUGUGGAAAGGAUUAUGAUGUCUAUCCUCGAAUCCGCCUCUAACGUUAGGGGUGACUUCACUGAAAUGGAUGCACUGCAAUUUCGGCUCCAGGAAUUAUUGAUUGGGAAGAGGUACUUGCUUGUGCUGGAUGAUGUGUGGAAUGAGGAUGAUAAUGAGUGGGAUAAACUAAGGACAUCAUUAAAAGGUGGUGUGGAGGGGAGUACAGUCAUUGUCACUACUCGGAGCGAAAAGGUUGCAUUAAUAAUGGGAACUAGUUACAUUCAUUAUUUGCAAGGUCUGUCUGAUAAGGACUGUUGGGCUUUGUUCGAGAAACGAGCUUUUGGUCGUGAUGCAGACAAGCAUAGAAGGCUGUUCCCAAUUGGUAAGCAAAUAGUGAAGAAGUGUGAAGGUGUACCUUUGGCUGCAAGGACCAUAGGAGGCCUGAUGCGCUUCAAAGGAGAUGAAAGAGAAUGGCUUCUUGUGCAGGAUAGUGAUCUCUGGGAUCUAAGUCAAAAUGAAAAUGGCAUUCUAGCUGCCCUAAAGUUGAGUUACAAUCAUUUGCCUUCCCAUUUGAAGGCAUGCUUUGCCUAUUGCUCAAUAUUUCCUCGAAAUUACAUAAUCAAGAAGGAAAAGCUAAUCCAGCUUUGGAUAGCAGCGGGCUUGAUUCAAUCACUUGAAGGAAGAAAAACACUUGAGUUUAUUGGAAAUGAGUACUUUGAUGAUUUAGUGUGGAUGUGUUUCUUCCAAGAUAUACACAGAAGUGACAAUGGCACUAUUCUUGAGUGCAAAAUGCAUGGUCUCAUUCAUGAUCUCGCACAAUCUAUUGCUGGGAAUGAAUAUUUAAGGGUGGAAAAUGACAGAAUGCUGCAAAAUUUCUCCCAAAUCCGCCACUCUUCGGUGAUCUGUAAUUUCAGCUUGCAUACAAUUCCAGAAUCUCUGUAUGAAGCAAAGAAGUUACGGACCCUCAUUUUAUUGUUGCCAAAAGGAGACCUUGGAGAGGUGCCUCCUAAUGUAUUUUCAAAUUUCAGAUAUUUGCGAGUCCUUGAUUUAAGUAGUAGUGGCAUCAAAAAGCUCAGUGCAUCAAUUUCCUCUUUCAUAUUUUUGAGGUACCUGGACAUCUCUAACACCCAUGUUAAAAACUUACCAGAAAGUGUUUGCAGCCUUCAAAAUUUACAAGUGAUGAACCUUUCUGGUUGCUAUGAUCUCAAUGAGUUGCCAAGUGGCAUGACCAGGCUAUCUAAGCUAAGGCAUUUAAUCUUAAAUGGUUGUGACAGGCUCAGCAAAAUACCAGCAUUGAUUGGAAAACUUGUAUAUCUCCGAACAUUGUCUAUGUUUAUUGUGGGAAGGGAGAUAGGCGAAAGCAUUAGUGAGCUGGAAAAUUUGAACCUUGGAGGGAAACUAACUAUUAGAUGCUUGGAGAAUGUAAUGGAGGCAGCAGAAGCAAUUGAAGCUGACUUAAUAGGGAAGAGAAACCUCCAGUCACUGGCUUUAUCUUGGGAAAAUGAUCAUGGCAUUAUGAGCAGUGCUAAUGAUGGCAGAGUAGAACAAGUGCUCAAUUAUCUCCAGCCACAUAAAUAUCUAAAGAAGUUGUCUAUAAAAGAGUACCAAGGAAUGCAUUUUCCUGGAUGGAUGGCAUUUUGUAAACUCCCAAAUCUAACCAAGCUUGUCUUGAUUAACUGCAGAAGAUGUAAAGAUCUCCCUACACUGGGUCAAAUUCCCUUCCUCAAGGUCCUUUACUUACAAGGAAUGCAUGCUGUGAAGAGUAUUGGCAGUCAGUUCUAUGGUCAAACUGAGAAAGCAUUCCCAUCAUUGGAAGAGCUAACCCUCAUGGAUUUCCCUAUUUUAGAAACCUGGUGGAGCUUUAAUAGGAGAGAAGACUUCCCCUCUCUUGCUAAAUUGAUCAUCAAUAAAUGUUAUAAGCUGAGGAACAUGCCGUAUGUCCCAUUUCUUCAACAUCUAGAACUACGCAGUUGUGAUAAUAUGGUACUAGAGUCGGCAUCAAACCUAACCUCCCUCACUAUUCUAGUCAUUGAUGAAUUUGCUGAGUUGGUUUUUUUGGAGAGCUUGCUUCAAAGCAAUACUCUUCUCAUGUCUCUAGUGAUUAGUUCCUGUCCUAAGCUUUGCUCCAUCUCCCCGAGUUUAGCAGAACUCAAAAGUCUGAAGUCAUUGGCUGUUCGUUGGUGUAAGGAGCUCCAUUCUUUGCCACAUGGAUUGCAGAAUCUCACUUCUCUAGAGUCCUUGGAGAUAGUUGAGUGCCAUAGUCUUGUCUCCUUGCCAGAAGAUAUACAAGGUCUGAGAUCUCUGCGAUCUCUGUCCAUUGAGAAUUGCAAUAACCUCACAUCUCUGCCACUUGAACUUCAAUUUCCAGCGUCACUUGAGCAUCUAACUGUCAUGUACUGUCCACAAUUGGCUGCCUUGCCUGAUGAUUUUCAACAUCCAUGUGCUCUUGGAAGUUUGUCCAUUUUAAAUCUUCCAAAGCUGUCAUCUCUUCCACAGGGCCUACAAUAUGUUACCACCUUGCAAAAUUUGGAAAUUCGUGGCUGUCCUAGUUUGAAAGCAUUGCCAGAGUGGUUAGUCAACCUUACCUUACUUCGUUCAUUGGCAUUGUCAGAAUGUCAAAAUUUAAAAUCUCUGCCUGAAGGAUUUCAGCAUUUAAGUUCCCUUCAGCAUUUGUCUAUUCAAGAAUGUUCUAUCCUGGAGGAACGGUGCAGAAGGGAUGUUGGUGAGGAUUGGCCAAAAAUAGCUCACAUAGCACAUUUCCAUAUGGGAUCACAAGAGCACAGAGAUUACAGUGCCACAAGCAGUUCAACUCAUUGAAAUUAAUUAUAUGUUUAAUCAUCAGGCCUUAGAGAAUGCAACUCUUGCUGAUUGCUUGGCUACACAAGGAGUAAGAAGAUAUUCUGCGUUCGUGGCCUGGCUCCAAUGAGGUGAAGAUUUUUGAGUGCCAAAAUCAUGGAAGAAUUUUUUUAUGGUAUAGCGUCUUCUUUCUGCAGCAGAAGCUUUCUCUGGGGUACAGGGUAUUUUAAUUAUUUUUCACAGCAGUAGCCAUUAGCAUUUGUUGGCAUCCAAUCAAUCCUCGCUACCAGUUACCAUCCACAAUACAUUAGUCCAGAAGUCAAUGAAAUUUACAAGAGGGACACAGGCGACGCUAUGUUGGGUUCCCGCCGGUGCGGCGUUUGGUGGAGAUGUUAAAAGUUUCAAUAUAUAUAUAUAUAUAUAUAUAUAUAUAUAUAUAUAUUCAAAGGUUUCAUUAUAUGUUUGAAUGGAAGAGAUGUGGAAUUUGACUGGGAAGCAUAACUCCGGCGAGAGAAUGGAUUUCAGUCCGAUUAAACAUUGUGUUCGGCGCGAGUUUUCCUUACAGCUGACGUCACGAAUGAUGGGAAAUGUUUCAUGCGGUUUAUGUACGAGGAAAAUUUUUCCUCUCGUGUAUGGAAGACAAGGAAACUUUUUCCUUCAUUAGGAAAACGUUUAUAUCGUUAAUUAGUUGCAAGAAAAACUUUUCAUCCGAUUCAAAUCACCGGAAAACGGAUGUGUUAAAAUUUCUCACCACUGUUGUAUUCAUCCCAAAGUCUAUUAUUAUUAUUCAAAAACACCUGAAUUUAUUUAAUUUUAUA